AUGGAUUCAAUUCCAAACGAGUAUGGAAUCUCCAACCUGCUUCACCAAAUUCUAUUUCCCUCGUUUACAAGACUCCGAAUUAACACAGCCUCUGUUGGUUAUCACAGCUUCAUUCAUGAAAUUCUCCAACGUGGACGAAGAAUGUCACAUUGGGUUCUUAGCAGAGGAAUUAAUUGUAAAGUGUUGCCUUUACGAUCAGUCAUACAGGCAUCCGUUGUGGAACAUUACAAUGAUGGGAUUUUGAUGGGAAGAGCUUUGGCUGAAUCAGAACCAGAGUUUGAAAACAGUAACUAUGGCAUGGUUCCGGCUAAAGAGUCCUUGGUUAAGGAGAUGCUAAAGACGGUCAGAAUAGAAGCUGGAGAUAAAGAAGACUGCAUGAUAUGUUUGGAGGAGCUCGAGGUUGGGUUUGAUGCUUCUCGGAUGCCUUGUUCUCAUACUUUUUAUGGUGAUUGCAUCGAGAAGUGGCUGAGGCAGAGCCAUUAUUGCCCUAUUUAUCGGUUUGAGAUGCCAGCCAAUUAG